GGGUGGCAGCCGCAGCUGGAGGCCUGGACUAGAGAUGUCGGACUCGGAGAGCGAGGAGGAGGGCGGAGGCUCGUCGGCGCCCUUCUCCCUGGCUGGCUUCCUCUUCGGCAACAUCAACGAGCAGGGCCAGCUCGAGGGCGAGGGGCUGCUCGACCAGGAAUCAAAAAACCAUUUGGCUGGACUUGGGGCUCUCGGUUUGGGAAGCUUCAUCACUGAAAUUGCAGCCAGUGAAGAUGACACCUCUGAAGCAGAUGGGGCCCAGCUGGAUGAGGAAGGCUGGGUUAAGAGUACCGAGGAUGCUGUUGAUUAUUCUGAUAUUAACGAGGUGGCUGAAGAUGAGAGCCGCCGAUUUAGGCAGGCAAUGGGCAGCCUCCAGCCAGUCCAAAGGGCAGAUGACGAUGAUGAUUAUGAUGCUGACUCUGAGGAUAUCGAUUCCAAGCUGAUGCCGCCUCCCCCGCCUCCCCCAGUGCCUGUGAAAAAAGAAGAUGAAAAGGAUGCCGCUGCCUCUGGAUCUGAAGAUGGCGAUGGUAUCAUCCUUCCCUCCAUCAUUGCUCCUUCGUCUGCUGCCUCAGAUAAGAUGGAUUUCAGCAGCUCUUCUGAUUCAGAGUCCGAGAUGGGGCCCCAGGAAGCGAGGCAGGCAGAGUCCAAGGAAGGCAAGCUCACACUGCCGCUUGCAGGGAUCAUGCAGCGCGAUGCCACCAAGCAGCUGCCCAGCGUGACAGCGCUCUUCCCAGAGUUCCGGCCUGGCAGGGUGCUCCGCUUUCUGCGUCUCUUUGGUCCCGGGAAGAACAUCCCCUCUGUCUGGCGCAGUGCCCGCAGGAAACGCAAGAAAAAGCACCGGGAAUCGACUCCAGAAGUACAAAUCCAGGAGGGCGAAACCAUGACUGAGGCAGGCGUGGAAGGCAAAUCUCCCUGGGAGUACGAAUUUGCACCGCCGCCACCUCCAGAGCAGUGCCUGUCUGAUGACGAGAUCACCAUGAUGGCACCUGUGGAGUCCAAGUUCUCCCAGUCCACUGGAGAUGCAGACAGAGUGGCAGACACCAAGCCCAGGGUGGCUGAAUGGCGCUAUGGGCCUGCCCAGCUCUGGUACGACAUGUUGGGCAUCCCUGAGGAUGGCAGCGGCUUUGACUACGGCUUCAAGCUCAAGGAUCCCCAAGAGGAGCUGGCCCCUGAAUCUGAGAAGGAUGAUCUGCUGGCAGAUGAGCAUUUCCUGAUGGUGACCCAGCUGCAGUGGGAAGACGACGUGAUCUGGAAUGGAGAGGACAUUAAGCACAAGGGGACGAAAACGCAGAGAGCAAGUCUGGCCGGGUGGCUGCCCUCGAGUAUGACCAGGAAUGCCACUGCCUACAAUGCCCAACAAGGGCUGAACCGCAGUGGUUCUCUUCUGAAUCUGCCCGUUCCUCUGGUGCAAAAGCCCAGUGUAGCCGGAGUCUUGAGCAUUGCCAAGGGCAAAGAGAAGCAGCUUCCCGAACAGCAAGGAGCUCUGGAUGAAGACAAGCCAUGGUUCUCCAUUUUCCCCAUUGACAACGAAGAGCUGGUCUACGGCCGCUGGGAGGACAACAUCAUCUGGGAUGAUGAGGCGAUGGAGACUGUCUUGGCACCACCUGUCCUGACUCUUGACCCAAAUGAUGAAAAUAUCAUCCUGGAAAUUCCUGAUGAGAAAGAAGAGAUGACCUCAAACUCUCCUUCCAAGGAGAACAAGAAAGAAUCUUCUCUCAAAAAGAGCCGGAUCCUUUUGGGCAAGACGGGUGUCAUUAAGGAGGAACCUCAGCAGAAUAUGUCUCAGCCAGAGGUGAAGGACCCCUGGAAUCUCUCCAAUGAUGAGUUCUACUAUCCCAAGCAGCAAGGGCUCCGAGGAACCUUUGGAGGCAACAUUAUCCAGCACUCGAUCCCUGCAGUGGAGCUUCGGCAGCCCUUCUUCCCCACCCACAUGGGCCUCAUGAAGCUGCGCCAGUUUCACCGGCCUUCCUUGAAGAAGUAUGCCUUUGGGGCCUUGUCCCAACCCGGCCCUCACUCAGUGCAGCCGCUGCUGAAGCACAUCAAGAAGAAAGCCAAGAUGAGAGAGCAGGAGCGGCAGGCCUCCGGUGGCGGGGAAAUGUUCUUCAUGCGCACUUCCCAAGACCUGACCGGCAAGGACGGCGAUCUCAUCCUGGCAGAGUACAGUGAGGAGAACGCCCCUUUAAUGAUGCAGGUUGGGAUGGCUUCCAAGAUCAAGAACUACUACAAGCGGAAACCGGGCAAGGAUCCUGGUGCCCCUGACUGCAAAUACGGAGAGACCGUCUACUGCCACACCUCUCCCUUCCUGGGCUCUCUCCACCCAGGCCAGCUGCUCCAGGCAUUUGAAAACAAUCUUUUCCGGGCUCCAAUCUACCUUCACAAAAUGCCUGAAACGGAUUUCCUCGUUAUUCGGACACGGCAAGGUUACUACAUCCGGGAGCUGGUGGAUAUCUUUGUCGUGGGGCAGGAGUGUCCUCUCUUUGAAGUUCCUGGUCCCAACUCCAAACGGGCCAACACUCACAUCCGGGACUUCCUGCAGGUCUUUAUAUAUCGCCUAUUCUGGAAGAGCAGAGACCGUCCCCGGAGAAUUCGGAUGGAGGAUAUCAAGAAAGCAUUUCCCUCUCACUCAGAGAGCAGCAUCCGGAAGCGGCUUAAACUCUGUGCAGACUUUAAGCGCACAGGGAUGGAUUCCAACUGGUGGGUCCUGAAGCCCGACUUCCGGCUGCCGACUGAAGAGGAGAUUCGAGCCAUGGUGUCACCAGAGCAGUGCUGUGCCUAUUACAGCAUGAUCUCUGCUGAGCAGCGCUUGAAGGAUGCAGGCUAUGGGGAGAAAUCCUUCUUUGCCCCCGAAGAGGAAAAUGAGGAGGAUUUCCAGAUGAAGAUAGAUGAUGAGGUACGCACUGCCCCCUGGAACACCACACGGGCCUUUAUUGCGGCCAUGAAGGGGAAAUGCCUCUUGGAAGUGACUGGCGUGGCAGACCCCACAGGGUGUGGAGAAGGAUUCUCCUAUGUCAAGAUCCCAAACAAGCCAACUCAGCAGAAGCAGGAUGACAAGGAGCCGCAGCCAGUGAAGAAGACGGUGACGGGGACAGACGCCGACCUCCGCCGCCUGUCUCUCAAGAACGCCAAGCAGCUCCUGCGCAAGUUUGGAGUUCCGGAAGAGGAGAUCAAGAAGCUCUCCCGCUGGGAAGUGAUUGAUGUUGUGCGGACCAUGUCCACGGAGCAGGCGCGCUCAGGGGAGGGGCCGAUGAGCAAGUUUGCCCGCGGCUCUCGCUUCUCUGUGGCCGAGCACCAGGAGAGAUACAAGGAGGAGUGCCAGCGCAUCUUUGACUUGCAGAACAAAGUUCUGGAAUCCACGGAGAUCUUAUCGACAGACACAGACAGCAGCUCUGCCGAGGACAGCGACUUUGAGGAGAUGGGGAAGAACAUUGAAAACAUGCUGCAGAACAAGAAGACCAGCUCCCAGCUGUCCCGGGAGAGGGAGGAGCAGGAGCGGAAGGAGCUGCAGAGGAUGCUCUUGGGGGAAGACGGUGGUAAUGACAAGGAGAGGAGCAAGAGGCGAGACAAGAAGGGCUUGUCCUCCACCCCUGGCAACCUGGGAGGCUCCCACAAAGAUGACGACACCGCCUCAGUGACCAGCCUCAAUUCCUCUGCCACCGGCCGCCGCCUAAAAAUCUACCGCACCUUCUGUGACGAGGACGGGAAGGAGUAUGUGAGGUGUGAGACAGUCCGCAAGCCCUCAGUCAUAGACGCCUACAGCAGGAUACGGACCACCAAGGAUGAAGAGUACAUCCGGAAGUUUGCCCUCUUUGAUGAGCAGCAUCGAGAAGAGAUGCGGAAGGAGAGGCGCCGGAUCCAGGAGCAGCUGAGACGGCUCAAGAGAAACCAAGAGAAGGAGAAACUGAAAGGUCCUCCUGAGAAGAAGCCCAAGAAGAUGAAGGAGCGGCCAGACCUGAAGGUAGAGCUCAAGUGUGGUGCCUGCGGGGCCAUCGGGCACAUGAGGACCAACAAGUUCUGCCCCCUCUACUACCAAACCAAUGCUCCCCCGUCCAACCCCGUGGCCAUGACGGAGGAGCAGGAGGAGGAGCUGGAGAAGACGGUCAUUCCCAAUGAUAACGAGGAGCUGAUCAAAGUGGAGGGGACCAAGAUUGUCCUGGGGAAGCAGCUCAUUGAGAGCGCAGAUGAGGUGCGCAGGAAGUCCUUGGUCCUGAAGUUCCCCAAACAGCAGCUCCCACCCAAGAAGAAACGGCGAGUUGGAACCACCGUUCAUUGUGACUACUUGAACCGGCCUCACAAAUCCAUCCACCGGCGCCGCACGGACCCCAUGGUGACGCUGUCCUCUGUCUUGGAAGGCAUCAUCAAUGAAAUGCGAGAUCUCCCCCAUACGUAUCCCUUCCAUCAGCCUGUUAAUGGGAAGGUGGUCAGAGAUUAUUACAAGAUCAUCACAAAACCAAUGGACUUGCAGACCUUGCGGGAAAAUGUCCGGAAGCGCCUUUAUCCAUCUCGGGAGGAGUUCCGUGAGCACUUAGAGCUGAUUGUGAAGAACAGCGCCACGUACAAUGGGCCGAAGCACUCCCUGACGCAGAUCUCACAGUCGAUGCUGGAUCUCUGUGACCAGAAGCUAAAAGAGAAGGAAGACAAACUGGCUCGUUUGGAGAAAGCCAUUAACCCCCUUUUGGAUGAUGAUGACCAAGUGGCCUUCUCUUUUAUUCUGGACAAUAUUGUCACCCAGAAGAUGAUGGCUGUUCCUGAUUCUUGGCCCUUUCAUCAUCCUGUCAAUAAAAAAUUUGUGCCAGAUUAUUACAAAGUCAUUGUCAGCCCGAUGGACCUGGAGUCAAUCCGCAAGAAUAUCUCCAAACACAAGUAUCAGAAUCGAGAAGUCUUUCUAGAUGAUGUGAAUCUGAUCCUUGCCAACAGCAUCAAAUAUAAUGGGCCCGACAGCCAGUACACAAAAACCGCUCAAGAAAUAGUGAACAUCUGUUACCAGACGUUAGCAGAGUAUGACGAGCACCUGACCCAGCUAGAGAGAGAUAUAUCAACUGCCAAGGAAGCAGCCCUGGAGGAAGCAGAUCUAGACAGCCUUGACCCAAUGACUCCUGGACCCUACACGCCUCAGCCACCAGAUCUGUAUGAUACCAACACCUCUCUCAGCAUGUCCCGUGAUGCCUCCGUCUAUCAGGAUGAGAGCAAUCUGUCUGCUCUGGACACUCCCACAACCACCCCAGAGAAGCGUGGAACACAGAUGCGGCAGGGCCGAGGUAGGCUGGGCGAGGAAGACUCUGACGUAGAUAUUGAAGGGUUUGAUGAGGAUGAGGAUGGGAAACCUAAGACUCCAGCCCCAGAAGUGGAGGAUGGAGAUGGAGACCUGGCUGAUGAGGAAGAAGGGUCAGCACAGCAACCCCAGGCCAGUGUGCUUUAUGAAGACCUGCUCAUGUCGGAUGGAGAGGAUGACGACGGCAGCGAUGAGGAAGGCGACAACCCUUUCUCGUCUAUUCAGCUAAGUGAAAGUGGAAGUGAUUCAGACGUGGAGUCUAGUGCAAUGAGACCCAAGCAGCCUCAUGUCCUUCAAGAGAAUACACGGAUGGGUAUGGAAAACGAAGAGAGCAUGAUGUCCUACGAGGGCGCUGGAGGGGAGACAUCACAUGCGAUGGAGGACAGCAAUGCCAGUUAUGGCAGCUAUGAGGAACCGGAUCCAAAGUCCAAUACUCGAGAUACUAGUUUCAGCAGCAUUGGAGGUUAUGAGCUCUCUGAAGAGGAGGAGGAAGAAGAGGAGGAGGAGGAGGAGGAGGAAGAACAACGCUGUGGUCCAAGUGUAUUAAGUCAAGUCCAUCUGUCUGAGGACGAGGAAGACAGUGAGGACUUCCAUUCUAUUGCAGGAGACAGUGAUCUGGAUUCAGAUUAAUAAGCUCCUCUUCUGGGGAAAUGCUUAUCUGCACUUUGGACUUAAUGUACAGAUUUGCCUUUGCCAACCCACUGACAUGUGGAACAGGAUAGAGUAUGCUGCUAAUCUUAAAAAAGAGAAGUAUUCUUGCUUCAUUUUAAAACAAAAACCUCAGUGGCUCUGUGUGUGUGUGUGUGUGUAUGUAAAUAUAUAUAAAGUAAUUCUUAACUGUAUUUGAUUUUUUUACAUACAAAGAACCUGCUUUAGACCCAGUUUCUCCAGUGAAUUGUAUAUUUGCUGUAUAUUUGCAAUAUAGGGAAUGCUGUAUAUUUGCUAUAUAAGGAAUGUUAAUUUGUCUCUGGUAUUGCUGAAAACAUUGCAGACUUCAUGGGUUUAAAAAGUUGAUUUGCAUUUCAAAGUGAACUUAAACAUCUUUUGUUUCCAGGAGAACAUGCUUCAGCUCAUAGGUUUGACUUACAACUUUGCAGCUGGUAUGUUGAAAUGCUUGACCAGACACUGAAUAAACCUGUUUCUAAUAGA